AUGAACGUCAACAAGAAAAUCGGCCGCUUUAAGCAGUGGGCGGGAGAGCGCAUGGGGUCAGAGUCAAAAACUACUCUCUCAGAUGACUUCAAGGCGUUGGAGGUAGAGAUGAACUUGAGACAUGAAGGAAUGGAGAAACUCCAGAAAUCAAUGACAACUUAUGUGAAAGCGCUGUCCAAGCGGAAUGAGGGAGAUGACAAGGAGAAGACUCUACCAAUUGGUUAUAUGGGCUCAACUAUGGUAAACCACGGGGAAGACUUUGAAAAUGCCUCUGAAUUCGGACAGUGUCUUAUCAGCUUUGGGCGGACAAACGAACGCAUUGCGAGAAUCCAGGAGACCUAUAUCGCGAAUGCGACUAGCAGCUGGCUGGAGUCGCUCGAACGCUCACUUGUUCAGAUGAAAGAGUACCAGAAUGCGAGAAAGAAAUUGGAAACCCGUCGAAUUGCGUACGAUGCUUCCCUGACCAAGAUGCAAAAAGCGAAGCGGGAGGACUUCAGGGCGGAAGAAGAACUUCGGAAUCAAAAAGCAAAAUACGAGGAGUCCACCGAGGACGUCUAUAGGCGGAUGGAGGAUAUCAAAGAGGCUGAAGCAGACAGCAUUGCCGACCUUGGUGCAUUCUUGGACGCUGAACUCAAAUACUACGAUCAAUGUCGGGAAGUUCUUUUGCAACUAAAAAACAAUUGGCCGGCUGGCCAGACACAGUCUCAAGGUGGUGCAUCUAGACGGCCUGGGCGAAAUCAGUCAAACACAGCACAUGCAUACCACGAUCGAUACGAAAAUACGCAAGAAGGAUAUCCUGUCCCCUCGCCAGAGCCACGCCCAGCCAUUAAAUCCAACCGAGCAGCCUCCACGCAUCAAAAUGGAUCCCCACCAAGGGGUUACUCUCCUGAAUCGUCCUACCGGCACCGACCGAGCAUGAGCCGGAACCUAACCUUCGAAGGGCCCUCCCAACUCCGAUCCGGAGAGUCACCAGCCUUAACGCAGCGCUUGAGUCGCACAACAAGCGACAACACUACGAUACGCAAUGGUAAUAACCAACAGAGCCAAUUGCAAGUUCGAACCGUCAACAGACCUUACGACAACUACCCGGAGUCCCCGGACGACUCCUAUGGCAAAGACAGCAGCAGCAGCCCAGAUCGGUACUUUACUGGAGGCCGCUCCAUCUCGCCGGCAACGUCACAUGGCAGCUACCUAUCCCAGCCUGCAAGUAUGACCGGCUUUCAUCAAGCCGCCGGAAGUUCGACUAGCAAGAAGCCCCCACCCCCUCCUCCUCCCUCGCGGGCUAAGAAGCCGCCGCCGCCGCCGCCCCCAGGAAAAAAGACUUCUUGGUGA